GCCCGCCGCCGGAAGUCAGUGUGGUUCACAGUGGACGGUUUGUUUGCUUUGAGCUCCGGUGGAACUGAACGCUUUGUUAUGAAGAUCGCGGUGAAGUGUUUAGUGAUAACGAAGUUUGCUGAACUGUCGCUAAUUUAAAUAGAAGUCUAGUGUUAGCUUGAUUUCGCGUGAGCUCGUAAACUUGAAUCUGUAAUUUAUUUAUUAAUUGGUUGGUUAAUUGAUUUAAAACCCACCUCCCGUAAUCUGUCCGGCUGACUGAGGAGCGGGAGAGCGGGAUGACCCUGGCACCGAAGGAGCUCACCACCCUGCUGGGCCUGCUGUCGGAGGAGGCGUGCGCCGGCAGCUCAUUCGAAAACCUCGCGAGCGCUUUCCACCACUGCUUCGGGAAAGCCGAGCACUUCCGGGUGGGUUCCGUGCUCGUGUUGCUCUUGCAGCACGCCGACCUGCUUCCGGGUUCCGCUCAGCGUCUCGCCGCGCUCUACUUGCUGUGGGAGAUGUACCGAACCGAGCCGCUCGCUUCCAACCCGUUCUGCGCCGUGUUCGCCCACCUACUCAACCCCGGCAAAGACGAGCACGAGAGGCACCUCUCAGGUUUCCUUCCCCCAGUCACUCUGCCUGAGAAAUUUUUCCUCUCCCAGCUGAUGCUCGCUCCUCCUCGGGAGCUCUUUAAGAAAACGCCACGGCAGAUCUCCUGCAUGGAUGUAAGCUCGGCCCCACAGACUGUCGACAUCAGCGGACUACAGCUUGCUCUCGCUGAGCGUCAGUCGGAGCUUCCCACCCAGAGCAAAGCCAGUUUUCCCAGCCUCCUUAGUGACCCUGACCCUGACUCCUCGCACUCAGGCUUUGACAGCUCCUUAGCCAAUCAGAUCACAGAAUCACUGGUCACAGGGCCACGCCCACCUCUGGAAAGUCAUUUCCGUCCUGAGCUGAUACGGCCGGCUCCACCAUUAUUCCAAGCGAGUGAGGCAGAGCUGGCGUGGCUGAGUCCUGCUGAGCCAGAACACCGUGUGCAGUGGGAUCGAUCCAUGUGUGUUCGCGCCGCCACCGGCCUCGAGACCAAACGCAUCAUGGCUAAAGCCUUCAAGAGCCCACUCUCAGCACCUCAACAAAACCAGCUGGUAGCUGAAUUGGAUAAAGACCCAAAGCUGGUGUACCACAUCGGCCUCACUCCCGCUAAACUGCCUGAUCUGGUGGAAAACAACCCACUGGUGGCCAUCGAGAUGCUGCUGAAGCUCAUGUCCUCCAGCCAGAUUACAGAAUAUUUCUCUGUCCUAGUCAACAUGGACAUGUCCUUACACUCUAUGGAGGUGGUCAACAGGUUGACGACCGCAGUAGAUCUUCCUCCUGAGUUCAUCCACCUGUACAUCUCUAAUUGCAUCUCAACCUGUGAGCAAAUCAAGGACAAGUACAUGCAGAAUCGGUUAGUGCGUCUGGUGUGUGUUUUUCUUCAGUCGCUGAUCCGCAACAAGAUCAUCAAUGUGCAGGACCUGUUCAUCGAAGUGCAGGCAUUCUGCAUCGAGUUCAGCCGAAUCCGUGAGGCUGCCGGUCUCUUUCGCCUCCUCAAGACGCUGGAUAACGGAGAGACGCCGGCGGAGGGUAAAGCAGCCAAAUAGUCCUUUCUGAAAAUGCUGAUUUUGGACUGAAAUAGCUCUUGUUGCAGGCAAACUGGCACUAAUGUUUGUCUUACCUAAUCCUGGACCUUCAUUAUUGAGGCCUGAUAAGGCAGAAUCCCCCCCCCCCCCCCCCCCCAAAAGCCCUAAGCUCAGUCAUUUCCAGAAAGUAAGAUCUGAGAAAACAUGAACUAAAGCUUCUGACAAAGGCGCUAAAUGGCCUUUGUGCUGUUUGUCAACUACAUAGCUUAGCUCCCUACAAAUCCAUUUAAAAGCAACCAAGAACUUGCUCUCAGCUAAACCUGGACCUUGAUUUGAAAUUCGUAUUGACUUUUGUGUUAACUUACCACUGAUCUUGGUCCCUCAUUAAAAAGCUCAUCCAGCCUUUUGUUCUCAUGCAUUUUUGUUCUGGAAAGCUGGAAUGGGAACAAACUAACCAAACACUCAGUUUUUCUUGUUCUCUACAAGCUCCCCCCCCAAAACCAUUGUCUUUAGACCCUCUACGUAAUCAGAAGGAAGUUGAUAGGACUUUCUUUGAUAUAGAAUUCAUGGCCCUUGUACAAACUGCUCCAGCAAUGAGAUACCAUGUUUUUACCGCUAAUGUAAAAAGGAGAAAAUAAAUUUGUAAAAAUGCUGAA